AUGGAGAAAGUUUUUCGAAGAUGUUUGAGUUCGAGAACCUACGUUAUGCAAGCGUGGCAAGCAACCGACACGACGGGUAUCAAAUUGGAAACGGUCCCUCUGCCAACUAUGAAAAAAUCCUCUCAAGUUCUCAUCAAAGUCAAGGUUUUUUUGUCCAUCGCUUUCUAAGAAAAGAAUCGCCUAGGCAUCCAGUGUUAAUCCACUCGAUGUCCAAAUGGCCAAGGGCUACGGUCGCGACUUGCUAGGGAAGUGGAAGAAGGCAGACAGUUGCGACUUGGCCACAUCGCAUUUUCCUGUGAUUCCAGGCCGAGAUUGCUCUGGAACUGUGGUAGCUGUGGGCGGUGGCGUGCACGACUUUGUUCCCGGAGAUGAAGUGAGAAGGAAAAAGGCCAAAGUGGUUAUCUCACUCGCACGGUUGAGGUAAUCGCUGUGGUUCCAGCGAUACUUCAAGGAACCCACGCUGAAUACGUAGUCACUGAGGCGGACUACUGUGCUGCGAAGCCCCGAAACCUGAGCUUCACGGAAGCCGCUGCCCUACCUUAUGUCGCGAGCACAGCCUACUCUGCAUUGGUCAACUUUGCGCGAGUUGACCCGAAAAACGUUGGAAGUUUGUUCUUUGACGGUAUAACUCUGUAAAAGUUUAGCUCAUUGAGGAAUUUUUCAUGAAGCUUUGCUAAAAUUCGCUUUAAGAUUGCAGAACAAAAAAAAAAGAUUUCUCGCAAAAUAUCUGAUUUCCGAGUUAAGCCGCUUCAAAAACUUCAAAUAGCUUUUUUGUCAUAAUUUGCGUAUUUUGCAAACUUUAAAGCUUCAUGUAUUGAAUCUAAUUACGAGAAUUUUUUUUCUUGUUUUGCAAUCAGAAGGUCUUGAAGUAAAUUUAAGACAAGUUGCAUCUGGGGGGUAGAAAAUGUUUCUCAGUCGGGAAAUAUAGUUUUUUUGGAAAAUUUUUCUAAGCCUGAUCUCGUUUUUGGUAAUUAAACUGAUGUUUCAUAAAUUUUUAGUUUUUAGCUUUGUUUUAAGGAACGCGGGUGUUGAUCCAUGGCGGCGCGGGUGGAGUUGGAAGCAUGGCGAUUCAGUUGCUGAAAGCAUGGGGCGUGGACAAAGUUGUGGCGACGUGUUCGAGUGACAGGUUUCAGAUCACUAAAAACUCUAUGAAUAAUCGUUCAUGUAGUUUUGAGGCCGUGCAAAAAUUGGGAGCGAUCCCAGUGGACUAUCGGUGUCCGCAAGCCACUGACAAACUCGCUGCACUUGCUCCUUUCGAAGUGGUUCUGGACACGGUCGAUUCCGAACUGUCUCGUUGGAGUGACAACGUUUGGAAAUGGUCAAUUGUAUACCUAUCAUCGAGAAAGGCUUAGGUGAUGGGCGUUUGGCGGAACUGUGUGCAUGCUUCUAUCGUUUCUCCGUUGCUCAAUGACACCGAUCGGUACGGAACUCCACAAGGCCUUCUUUCCACUGCUUUCAAGCACUUCAAUCGUUCUUUCCAGGUCUCUUUUUGUUUUAAAAGAUAAAAGAAGUUAUAAAAAAAAUGAGUAUUCAUUAUCUGAACGCUCCAACUCUAAAUAAAAAAAAAUCAUUUUGAACCCAUAAUCAAGUCAUAAGAACAUUUUAUAAUGUUAUAUGAGAGUUGUCUACCUUCUUCAAAUUUUUCAAAAGUAAAUUCACUACUCCAAAACUUGGAACACUCUGCUUUUUCAAGAACUCUUCUGUCUCAGGGAGGCUCUCGUUUCCAAAUCCGCCGGUUAGGGGAAAUUAGAAUUUUUUCAAGUUUCGAGUUGUUGUAUAAGAAAAAUGUUAUAAUUUUGCAAUGAGAAAAGAUGACUUCGAUUUUAAAUAGCUCUUUUCAUUGAAACCUUAAAAUAGAAAUUGAUCAUUUCAAUUGAAGAGCUCACUGCGAGGUCGGUGGUACACCUACGCUUUUUUCAUGCCGAGCAAAAAUUGUAUGCGACAGUUGGCUGAUUUGGCCGAAGAGGGAAAGGUUUAUUUUAUCAAAUUGUAAAUUUGUAACCCUAAUAGGCCUCGAGAGUAUUAUUUGCAAUGAAACAACUAAAAAAAUUAAAAAACAAUAAACUUAUAUUUUGGCCCUUGAUUUUUCCAAUGAAAAAAAUUCAAUCAAAAAAUUCAGGUCGUUCCAAUCGUCGAGAGAGUUGUUCCUUUCUCUGAAAUCACCGACGCCUACGAAAAAGUAGGACUACUCAAAGGAAGAGGCAAAACAAUUAUUGAAAUGAGAUGA